GUAUACUUGGUACUUGCAAGGUCCCCAGACUCAAAUAUCACCAACGCAAUGGAGGGAAUGACCGAGACCAUGGACUCCAAGUCCUUCGGUGGCAUCUGCCCUGUCAAGGAUGGCAAGAAAUACAAGCUUCAACAGCCAUUCAGGACUACACAACUCAUUUUUGCCGGUUCAAAGGCCAUCUUGGACAAGAACGACAUUGCUAAAGUGCAACGUGGCGACACUGACGAAAUCAUUUCCGAACCCAUUGAGAAACAGCCGUUCAGGACAGCCCCAUUGUUGGGUCCAUCUCUUCGGUCCAUCAAUGAUGUGAAGGCCAACUUCAACGAUGAGUCCAACUUUGAGUCUGCCGUCCCUCCUCUAUUUGAGGCCACGGAGGUGGAAGAGGCCCUUGAGAAACAGCCGUUCCGGACUUUGUCCAUCAUUCAUCCGGAGCCCAGGGCUCUGAAGGACAUCAAGACCAAACUCCAGAAGAAGAUCAAGUACGAGCACGCUGCUCCGUCGUUGUUCGACUAUGUACCAAGCUAUUGAAGCGCCAUCUCGUAGCUUCGAAGAUAUGUACAAGCUUUCUCAGCCACUGCCCUGAUGACAUCUCUAGUUUGUGGAGGGCGUUCAAGACCAACUUGCAAAUCUUAUAACUUGAUAAGUGAUGACCCAAACGUUUCUUUUUCUCCCCAAAUAUCAUUUUGCCCAUUAUGAUGCUCUGUUUCUGUAUUGUAUUCAAAGUUUUUUUUCCUCCUUUCUUUCCAAAACACCCAGUUCACUAACCCCAGUAAACUCCCACUCAAUUCCUUGGCUGUAUAUUGACGUGCACUUGAGAUUGGACAAAGAAAUAAAUGGCAGACAAUUUGAAAAGAA